UCUUCUGACCAGGUUGUUGCUGAAUUAGAAUGGACUGCUGAAGUUAUAAAAAAUGUAACUGGUGUCAGACCAAUAUACAUGCGUCCACCAUUUGGUGAUUAUGAUGAUCGUAUACGUGAUAUAUGCGCUCAACUCGGUUAUAAAGUUGUUAUAUGGGAUAAAGAUUCUGCCGAUUGGCAUUUCAAUGAUACAGGUUUUCAAACUUCAUGGAUCGCUUCAAAUUUCUCCAGUUGGAUGAAUGAAACUUCUACUACUGGUCAUAUUUCUCUUGAACAUGAUUUAUAUGAAGUAACUGCUGCUCAAGCCCCAGCAGUGGUUGAUAUUCUUUUAAAAGCUAAACGUAAUGUUAAACCAGUUGCCGAUUGUUUAGGUUUCCCUGGAAUAUUUUAUAACAGUAGUAAACCUCCUGUUGCUACCACCGCCUCCCAGGUCCCUCCUACUAAAGCUGCUUCAUCUUCAGAAAAAACUAGCUCUAGUAGUAGUAGCAGCAGCAGUAAUUCUCAAAUUCCUACAAAAUCUUCUGCUACAUUGAAUUUCGAUUAUUAUAAUUCUUGGUUAUUUAUUUGCAUUAACUUCUUUUUAGCAUUUGGUCUUAAUAAUUUUUAUCUUAUUUAA